AUGGUGAAUGAAAAAAUCUAUUUUGCUUUCAUUAAUGAUCAACAAAUCAAAAAAUAUGAAGAAUACAGAGAUAUUAACUUUAGAGAUGAGAAUGGAAGACAUUUGGUUCACUAUUCAACCAAUUGUUUCAGUGCAACAAUACAACAUUUGGGUUUAGAAUUGAAAGAUGUUGUCUUUUGCAAAGAUGAUAAUCAAACAAUGCCCAUCCAAACUUUUUACAAUAGUUAUCUUAUAGCUUUGGACCAUUUAGGACAUAUUGAGAAUAUGCCUAAAUUGAACUUUUUUUCAUAUACUGAUAACUUUGGAAUGUGUAGAUAUUUAUAUUUAUUAAUGGGGUAUAACAUUAAUACUCACUUAUUGGUAACAGAAGCCAAUACAAUUGGAUUUGAUUACUCUUCAGGUGAACCUGAACUUGUAUCAUUGUGUACCCAUUAUUUGAACGGUCUUUAUCAUUUUUCAAUUGAGAAAAGCCCUUUACAACAAUUAAGAAAUAUCAAAUACUAUGGAUGUAUUGAUGGAGACGAUAUUUCACAUUAUGUGACGAGAUAUUAUUUGAGUUUAAUUAAGAAAAAUCCUGGAAGAUAUACAGACCAUUCAAUCAUCCAAGUCUUAAUUGCUCGAGGAUUGAAACUUGAUAUUGUAAGAAACUUGGAGGGACAAACAGCUUUCGAUUUAAUGGAUAAAUUCACAGGAACGCCCCGAAUGAUGGCACUUGUGAAAGAUUGA